AUGCAACAAGAGAAAGAUUCACAAGAAGAAUUCUAUUUUGAUUAUGUUCGAUUACUUGUUGAAAAUCGAAUGCUUCAUCGAUCAGGUUAUUAUUUGGGUGCAUCAAAUCAAUUUGUUCGCUUAUUUACAUUAAAUGCUCGUCGAUAUUGGCUUGCACAAGCUUCUAGUGAACAUCUUACAGCCGAUUGGAAAAUACAUUUUUCCAUUCGACCUCGUGAUAUUCCUUUGGCAUUUAAUCUUCUCUCAGAGCUCUAUUAUAAUAUGAAAUUACCUGUGGGUCUCAAAGCUCGAUAUCCAGAUAGCUGGAAAGAUUUUGAAAAUAAAUGGCCUAAACAUAUGUAUGGACGUGAAAUCACUGUUUACAUACUUCUCUAUGAAAAUACAUUAAAAAUUCAUCAAACAAUGCUUUAUUCUAGUAAUAAUUUAACACAACCAAAAUAUAUGAUUGAUUGGACAUUGGCAAACACAGGAGAUAUAUAUGCAAUGCACGACUUAACACGUAAAGAUGAAAUUCCACUUGAUCGAUAUCUUGAUUAUGUCGAUCAAGCUGAAAAAUUACUUGAACAAUAUCGAAUUGAUUCCAAUGGAUGUGCUAUUGGUGACUAUCCUAUAGGAAGAUAUUCAUCGUUACGUAAUGAAAAAUUUGUUGCUAUUGAAGAUCAUGAAAAUGAUGAAAAAAUACGACUUAUCUAUCCACCAAAUGAAUGUGGUUAUAAUGGUUCAAACGAUAUUCGAGAUUUAACAAAAGAAAUAAUCGAUUUAAAAACAUAUCGAAAACGUCCUACACUGCCAAUGCAAGCACAUUAUCCCUCACACUAUCAACAAUAUCCUACUGCUCCAACAAUAUCAACAUCAUCAUCAUCAUCACUUCUUAUGCCACAAUAUUCAUCAACGAAUAGUCCUCAAUCAUUCAAUGCUACUGAUACUGCUGUAUUUGGACCCAAUGCAAUACCAUUGAAAAAUUCAAAAGUAAUAAAUAAUUCAUCAUCAGUAUCACGUUCAAAUGGUGUUGAUUUACGCCGUUUAAUUUUACUUAAUUUACCUACUGAUCUUAUUCGAGAGUAUCUCGAACUUUAUAUAGAAAAUUUAUCAGGUGAAGCUGAAAUAGAACGAAUUGAAUAUUCUAAUAUUGAAGAUACAACUGCAAUGGUUACUUUUAAAACUGAACUAGAUAUGGCGGAAGUACGCCGUCGUCAUACAAUGCGACCAAAAUUAAACGAUUCUGAAAUUUCUUUAGUUGAAGUUACACCACCAGCAACUAUAAUGAUACGAAAUUUACCAUCAGAUAUAUCACGUGAUGUGCUGGAGUUAUAUUUUUCAAAUCGACGUCGUAGUAAUGGUGGACAAGUGAUUGAUGUUGCAUUUGAUGAUGAAUAUCAACAUGCACUCGUCACAUUUGCUGAUUAUAAAGAUGUACGUCGUGUUAUUAAGCAUGAACAUUCGAUACAUGGUCAUCGUCUAGAUGUCAGAAUUUAUUAUAAAUAUAUGGGUAUUGAACCAUUUAUUGAUGCAUCUAAUAUUGAUAAGCAACCAGAUCCCUUACGUUAUCGUGCAUUCGAUGAUAGUCGAUAUUUAUUUUUACUUAAAAAUCGCCCAUUACUUGAUGAACUUCGUGAACAAUUAAAAUCAUUAAAUGCUCAAGUUAGUUUACAAACAGAAGGUACUUUAGAAAUAAUAUUCAAUGGUUCACGUUCAACAGCAAAACGUCGUUUACAAUGGACAAAAGAUAUUGACAAAUUAAUUGAAAAUUUUCUAACAGAACGUCUUAUUAUUCAUAAAGUACCGUGGAAUAAUAAUAAAAUACCAGCAAUUGUUGCAGAACAACUUGCAGAUCUUUCUUUAAAAGAUAAUACACGUCUUAUGCAAUUAUCUCCUUCAGAAUAUCAACCAGAUCACAUUAUUAUAACAGCAUUAAAAGAGCAUCUUGAUCGAGCUUUAAAUGAACUUACUAAUGUGCUCUCAUUACCAAAUAUAAAUACUGAUAAUAUUAUACCUCUCAAUGAUGCUAUUUAUCGUAGUAAACCAGUGAGUACAACACGUGAUCCAAAAGUAAAUAAUCAUCGAUCAUCGUUAUUACUUGGUUCAUCACCAUCAAGACAAAGUACACAUAAUUCUGAAUUACCUUCAACACUAUCAAAAAUGACUAUUAAUGAUCAUCUUGAAAAUUUACGUUUAUAUCAACUUGAUUUACUUUCAAUGCGUUUUGUUGAUUUAGCUCGAAGAACAUAUUUAGACUUAAGAAUUGAUAUUGAUCGAACAGGCAGACGAGUUCAUUUAUGUGGUCCAUCUGAUCAAGUAGCUAUUUGUAAAAAUUAUUUUGAAUCUGUACUUAAUGGUAUGGUUCAUAAACAUUAUAAAAUAGGAAAAGAAAUGGCAGUUUUUCUAUCAAAUCCUGAUACUGUCGAAUUAAUAAUCGGAAAUUUAAUGCAUACAGAUCAUGUAUGUGCUUAUGAAAUUGAACGUUCAAAUAAUAAUCAUCGACGAAAUUCAGCAUCUCCACCACGAAGCAUCAAUAGUCUUGAUACAUCAUCAAUAACGAGUGGUCAUAAUAAACUUGUUUUAUAUGGUUUAACACGUGAAAGUUGUGACCGUGUCUAUGAUAUACUUCGUCAUGAUGUACGUGUUAGUUCAAUAAUGUUAGAUAAAGAUGAUAAACGUUGUUUAGCAAGCGAAUCAUGGCAUGCAUAUGUACGUGAUCUAUAUUCAAAUUCAGGUGGUUUUCGACGACGACGUGUACUUUUACAAGUAAAACAAAAUCAUUUAAAAUUAGUUGGUUUCAAACAAGAUGUUGAUACUAUGCGUAGACGUAUUUAUGAUUAUUUUGUUGAAAAUUCAAUUUCCUUUUAUGAAUCCGAUUGA